GAUAUAGCCUCGUCAACCAAGAGUGUUUCGAACUCAAUUCUGAACUACCGUCAUGAAAACGGGAGAACAUACCAUGGAUUUGGAGAUAAAAAGUACUAUUUUCCUAAUGAUGAAAUCGAAAUGGAACGGCUAGACCACCAGCACUAUCAGUGGCUGCUUACUCUGGGCGAUUGUCUCGGCCUAGCACCCCCGAACGAGCCUGGAUGGGUGGUUAAACGAGUUCUCGAUCUAGGCUGUGGUACAGGACUUUGGGCGACGAACUUCGCUGAUGAACACCCGGAGGCCGAAGUUAUCGGCAUCGAUCUAUCACCCAUUCAACCAGACCUUGUUCCCCCAAAUGUCCGCUUUAUCAUAGACGAUAUUGAUGAGGAGUGGAACUACUCGGCGCCAUUUGACUACAUUCAUAGCAGGGCGAUGAAUUUCAGCAUUAGAAAUUGGGAUGAGUAUCUGCAGAAGAUAUACGAUAAUCUGGUGCCCGGGGGCUACGUUGAGGUCCAGGAAAUAGAUGUUCUGUUAACAUCUGACGAUGGCACACUCAAAAUGGAUAAUAAUCUUCGUCAAUGGUCCAUGAUUCUUAGGGAAGCCUCAGUCAAAAUUGGUCUACCUUGCGAGAACUUUGAGAACCUGAAAGCUGCAAUGGCUAAGGCUGGGUUCGUCGACGUGAGCUUGAACAGUUUCAAGUGGCCGACAAAUCCAUGGCCCAAGGACAAGAAGGAUAAGAAAAUCGGUGAAUGGAAUCAAGUCAACUGGAAAGAUGCCUUGGAGGCACUGUCGAUGGCACCGUUCACUAGAAUCCAUCCAUGGUCCAAGGAAAGCCUUAUUGUCUUUCUAGCUCAUGUUCGAAAAGAUCUCGUCAACCCGAACAUCCAUGCGUACAACCCAGUAUGCUCCAUUUAUGGAAGGAAGCCCUAA